AUGCAUUAUAAGCCCCAGUUAGGGGAUAGGGUCUUUAUGAAGAUGCCGAGAGAAAAAGCACUAGCAGGACACCCAAAGUUGACGAUAGAUUGGAGUGGACCGUUUAGAGUUAUUGAGUGUAACCUAGUCCGAGUACAAUUUGACUUGUUGCUCAAAUGCCCAGAUGAGAUUAGUGAUGAACCAGUGAAAGUUGUUUCUAAGAGAAAAAGGGGUAGAAAGAGCAAGAAUAGUGAGAAUGAUAUCUUCUCUGCACAGGUUCUAGUAAAGAAGAACAUCUGUUUCAGGUCGAAGGACGAGUACGACGUCGCCGAUGUCAUGCAUUUCCUUCACGUCGGAUUUCGCUGUGAUGGCCAACCGUUCCCCGCGGUCGAAGGCAGAGGGAGCUUCCCUCUUGAUUCUUGUCGUUGUAGUCGUACUACUCGAGUUGGUCAGCUUCUUUCGGUCGUACCGCAACCGGCGUGCGAUGAGCGUAUCGAAUGCGUGCUGGAUGCCGCACGAGUUCCUAGCGAUAUGCGGAUCAUGGACAAGUCAUACAAGGUGCUGACUCCCAAAGCGAUAGGAUUCGCAUACGCUUUCUUUCGACAUCGCUGUCUCCAUGUCUCGAUUAUGGCGGGGACUGUGCCGCAGGAAGCCCCGUUACGUCAUUCGCAGCUCCCGGGAUGGCCUUGCGAUGCAACGAGAGUCAUCGAAUACGGGUGGAGAAUCGCAAAGAAGCUAGAAUGGGAGACUAUUGCGCAGUCAGUGCAGAAUGGGCAAGAACAUGGGCGUAUCGUCGUCGUCGUACCGGAAGUCCUGCACAGGAUCAAGUUUUGUCACACGAGCCCAAACAUGGCCAUAUUCUAUUACAAGUCAUUCCGAGAGAUACGUGCUACGAAUACGGCCAUCUUCGCAGACGACGUCGGAAAUGUGAUUCUUGUUUUGCCACCGAGAGAACCGGCUGACCCAUACUCUUGGUUGCAGUUCGUCAACGCACUCAAUUUGUGGCUUUCGUGUGGAGCUCAUGUAAUCGUCGUCAACGGACCCAGAGCAGUCGAAGAAAACAGUUGGGAUCGAUUGAACGCCAAGACAAGGAGUCAUAUCAAUGGAUAUGUGGACACGUAUCCAUCGUUUCUCAAUCAGAUACACUGCCUCGUCCCUGCCGAACCUGGAAUUCUCAGUUCUACAAUGGCUUGUCUGAAGGUUGGCGUGGUUCAUAACCCCGAUAGGUGGUGGCCAGUGGAACAAGCAGUCGAGUUUUUCGAGUUUCUCAGACAAAGUGAAGGAUUACGUGAAGCUCGACGCUGUAAAGAUUCCGAAAAGCAUGAAGCCGAGAGGAAAUCCGUCGGAAGGAAGAAGCGCGCAGUCGUCUGGUGGGCCGGCGAUAAAGGAUGGCCGCAUCUCUAA